AUGGACGGGAAAAGCCUCGCCGACAAAGUGGCAAUCGUCAGUGGUUCCUCAUCAGGAAUUGGCGCUGCUAUUAUACGAGAGCUCUCAUCCCGCGGCGCCAAUACAGUGGUGAACUACCCAUUCGCGCACUUGAAGAAUGAAGCAGACAGCUUAGUGGCAUCUCUUCCCUCGCUAUCUAUUGCCGUUGAAGCGGAUAUGUCAUUAGCGACAUCCCCACAGAAACUAGUAGAUGCUGCGGUUUCAAAAUGGGGUCGAAUUGAUAUUGUGGUUAAUUGUGUCGCGCUAGCCGUGAAUAAGCCAUUUGAAUCACAGACCCUAGAAGACUGGGACUUGUUGGUCAAUACAAACGGACGGAGUACUUUCCUCUUGACUCAGGCAAGCCUGCCUCAUUUGACGAAAGGGCGUGGGAGGAUUGUGAAUAUCGUCAGUAUUUCUGGUCGUGGGCCUCCGCCAAACCAGACCAUUUAUGCGGGAACGAAAGGGAUGGUGGACUCUUUUACAAAAUGCUGGGCCAAGGAGCUGCCACCUAAAUACGGCUGCACAGUUAAUGCUGUUAGUCCCGGUCCUACAAAGACAGAAGGCUUUUCGGCUGCCGGUGAGGAACAGAUGAAGAUUCUGCAGCCAAUUAUUGACCAAACCCCGGUUGGACCGAGGAUGGCGGAGCCAGAGGAGAUUGCUUUUGCGGUUGCAUUUCUAUGCGAGGAGCGUGCCAGAUGGAUCAAUGGAGCUCAUAUCGUUGCAUCUGGUGGACUUUUUAUUGAUUAA